CCUCAUCUGCCUCUGUCCAAAGCGGUGGAGAGACGAGGGGAACCGCAGACAGACAGGGGGACAUAAAGCUUGGAGGCGCAGCGAAAGCGAGAGAGAGGGGCGAUGGCCGCUGGUGGAGGAUGCGGGGAAUCGGUGGAUCAGUACCGGGCCGAGGUGGAGCGGCUAGCCCAGGAACUGGCCGAGGCGAACCGGGAAAAGAUCAGGGCUGCGGAGUGCGGUUUAGCUGUCCUGGAGGAGAAUCAGGCGCUGAAGCAGAAGUAUACAGAGCUAGAGACCGAACAAGAGAUCCUCAGGAAGGAGUUGGAGCAGUUACAAGAGGCAUUUGGCCAGGCUUACACCAACCAACGGAAGGUGGCAGAGGAUGGGGAGACCAAUGAGGAGACACUGCUGCAGGAGUCCGCCUCCAAGGAGGCCUACUAUAUGGGCCGUCUGUUGGAGCUGCAGUCGGAGGUGACGCUUAGCCGCUCUGUGGCAUCCAACGCCCAGUCAGAGAAUGAGCGGCUCAACGCACUUGUACAGGAGCUACGAGAGAGUAACGAGAUGCUCGAGCUGCAACGGAGCAGAAUGAGGGAGGAGAUCAAAGAGUACAAGUUCAGAGAGACCCGGCUGCUUCAGGACUACACAGAGCUGGAGGAGGAGAACAUCACACUUCAGAAACUGGUGUCCACACUCAAGCAGAGCCAGGUGGAGUACGAGGGACUGAAACAUGAAAUUAAGGUGCUGGAGGAGGAGACUGUUCUUCUGAACAGCCAGCUGGAAGACGCUUUGCGCUUAAAGGAAAUCUCUGAGGGUCAGUUAGAAGAAGCCCUGGAUGCCCUCAAGACUGAGCGCGAGCAGAAGAACAAUCUGAGGAAAGAACUAGCCCAUCACAUCAGCCUGGGUGACAGCGUCUACGGCGCAGGGGCCCAUCUGGCGCUAACCGUCACCGGAGUUGAAGGCCUGAAGUUCCCCGAGGAGAGCAACGGCACUAAUGGCAGCGCCAUCCCUGCUGCUAAUGGCAACAAUGAGGACAACAACCGUUGCAACGGUCACUUUCACGCUGGCUCUGGGAUGGCUAAGAUGAACGGGGACUACAGGCCCGGCCGAAAGGGAGAUGGCCUUCACCCCGUGCCAGAUCUGUUCAGCGAGCUCAACUUGUCAGAGAUGCAGAAGCUUAAACAGCAGCUACUGCAGGUGGAGCGUGAGAAGGCAGCACUGCUCAAGAACCUGCAGGAGUCCCAGACUCAGUUGCAGCACACACAAGGUGCCCUGACUGAACAGAAUGAGCGUGUCCAUCGUCUCACAGAGCGCGUCAACGCCAUGAAACAUCUCAAUGGAGACAAAGAGCUCGAUGACCCAGAAGAGAGUGAGAAACCUAAUGGGGGGUCCUCAUCCCCGACGGCCAAUAGCCAUCAUGAUCUCGAUAUCCACGGUUUUAAGAUUCUUGAGUGUCGGUACAAGGUGGCGGUGACCGAGGUGAUCGACCUAAAAGCAGAGCUCAAGGCCCUGAAGGAGAAGUACAAUCAGGCGGUGGAGGGACAGGGAGACAGCCAUGAUGAUGACCGGGUCCAGGCACUGACUGAACAGGUAACACAGUUAGAGCGAAGUUAUCGUGAAAGCCGGGAAAGGGUUGUAAGCCUGGAGGCGGAGCUCCGAGCAACUGCGAGUACUGCCUCAGAGAGCCAGGGCAUGCUGAACGCUGCCCAGGAUGAGCUGGUAACCUUCAGUGAGGAGUUGGCGCAACUCUACCACCACGUCUGUCUGUGCAACAACGAGACACCAAACCGUGUCAUGCUGGAUUACUACCGCCAGAGCCGAAUCACACGCAAUGGCAGCCUCAAAGGCUCGGAGGAUCCUCGAGCUUUGCUCUCGCCUCGCCUGGCGCGACGUCUUGCGGCAGCAUCGGCAGCCUGCUCUUCGGAGUCUCCGCGCAGUUCCACGGACUCCCCAUCCAAAGAUGCCCAGCAUAAUGAGACAACAACUCACAACCCAGCAGACUCCUGCCACAGCAGCCCUACCCGCAACUACACCGGCUCCCCGGUCAUCGGCAUCUCUCCUUGCCCAUCUCCGGUACCUUCAGACUCAGGUGGGGACCUGCGGAAGGAGCCGAUGAAUAUCUAUAACUUAAACGCCAUCAUCAGAGACCAGAUCAAACACCUGCAGAGGGCUGUUGACCGCUCGCUGCAGCUGUCCAGGCAAAGGGCUGCAGCUAGGGAGUUAGCACCCAUGCUUGAUAAGGACAAAGAGUCCUGCAUGGAAGAAAUACUAAAGCUCAAGUCCCUGCUUAGUACUAAGAGAGAGCAAAUAGCUACACUCAGGCUGGUGCUCAAGGCCAAUAAGCAGACAGCAGAAGUUGCGCUGGCUAAUCUGAAGAGCAAGUAUGAAAAUGAAAAGGCGAUGGUGACAGAGACCAUGACGAAGCUAAGGAAUGAGCUGAAGGCUCUGAAAGAAGAUGCAGCUACCUUCUCUUCUCUCAGGGCCAUGUUUGCGACGAGGUGUGAUGAAUAUGUUACACAGCUGGAUGAGAUGCAGAGGCAGCUAGCGGCAGCAGAGGAUGAAAAGAAGACGCUGAACUCCCUCCUCCGAAUGGCCAUCCAGCAGAAACUGGCCUUGACCCAACGCUUGGAGGAUCUGGAGUUUGACCACGAGCAGACUCACCGUACCCGUGGUGCUAAAGUGCCCAAGAUAAAAAGCAGCCCACCCAAAUUUCUUGUAGAUUGUCAGCAGCCUGCUGCCUCAAUACCGCCACUCUCCCCACAACUAAGGCGAGGGAGAGCCUCCCUAGUACGCAGUCCUAAAUUUCUGGCAGACCACCAGGAACACCGAGCAGUCCUGUCCAGCAGCAGAAGCCUUCUCUCCCCUUGCGACCCUCGUAACUGUCUAGCCCAGCAGCCCCAUCCUCCCGGCACCUAACCACGCUGGUCCUGCUCAGACCUCAGUCUGGAAGCAGUCCUGCAGAGACACAGACACACUGGACGGGGGUUCCCUCAGUUUAGCUCCCCUCCACCAAGCAGUCCAACCGGGUGCUUACUGGGCUCUGUGACCUCACUGAGCACUACACUGCCCAGCUGUGGCCGGCCUCCUGGUUACCUGGGUCGUAGAAGAGGAGCAGGACGCUUCCUUCAUCUCUGGAAGUGACCUACUGUCCCGGAAACACAAAACAGAGACCUGACCUGAGGCAGAAAUGCCAGUGACAACACACUGAAAUCUGCCGCCCUGUUUCUCCUAGUAUUUAUUUAUAAUUUAUUCACUCUGCCAAUUAUUUAUUUCUGAUAUAUUUAUUACUUGUAUAUUUUUGUGUGUUUUCCUUUUUUGUCAUUCUGCGAGAUGGAGCUCAAAGACGGUUUCCCUGCUGUGAUGAAGACUUAAACAGUUUAGCACAUUCACUACUGUAUAUGGCCUUUUUUCCCCAAAAAACGAAAACGAACAAAAGCAGAACGUCUUUAGUGACUGUCUGCUUUUGAAAAACUUAAGGAAAUUGAAAUAUUAGAUUUUGUCAGCAUAAUAAUCCCCAAAAACUCACAUAUAUCAUUUUUACAAAGGGGUGUUAGCAGAUGUGUUGUUUGUCUGUUACAUAGCUCAGGUCUCUCAGAGACUGGGGUAGGUGAGUGGUUGGGUAUUUGAGAUCAAGACUAGGGCUGUUGGGCUGAGGUUUUUAUUUUGCUUUUUGAAUUGCACAGGUUUAAGUGACCGUGGAGUGAACUGACCUCCUUUUUUAACAUUAGCUAAGGACAGAGGAUUCCCCAAAGGUGUGCCUCCUCUUAAGUAACUGUCACCUUCACGUCAUCAUUGUAAUCUCACCAUUUUCUUCAGAAAACUUUUAUUAUUCACAUUAAUACCCCUAAUUAUGACAUUAAGAAAAAUGUUAAUCAUACUGACAUUUUCCAUAUCUGAGCUUACGCUGUUCUCAAAACAUCACCUUGUUCAGCUUUCUCUACAUGCUUACUCCAUACAGUAUGGAGUACUGUUCAAGCACAAUUCUGCACUAUGCAUUAGAGCAAUACAGUUGCCCCUGUUUCAGACUGAUCUGGGUAAGAUUUACCAAAUCUUUUAACCAUUUCCGUCAUCAUGAACUAACCAGCAGGCUGAUAAGAAUGAUAAAACAGCAGGAGGAGUGUUGCCGAUUUUGAUGAAGGAGCACUAUUGUCAAUUUCCUGUGUAAAAAUUGAGACAUUGUUGCUUUUGAAACACUGAGAUGGGCAGUUUGUGGAAUUUAUUGCAUAAUUGAUGUCCCAUAUUUCUGUACCCUACUUGUCUGGUACACUCAUAAUGUCUCUGAUGUUAGAUACAGUUGUUUGUCACAUGGAUAUGGAAGGGAUAACUUAAAACUACAUAGUCAGUAUUAAUCUUGUAAUGACAGAACUUCUGUUACAACAGUAACAACUGAGUGGAUGCUGUGUGUGUGUGUGUGUGUGUGUGUGUGUGUGUGUGUGUGUGUGUGUGUGUGUGUGUGUGUGUGUGUGUGUGUGUGUACAUUUGUUUGAUUUAUCAUUGUUAGAUUGUUACUUUUGCAACUACAGAGCGUUGAAAAUAUUUGUGGUCCAAAAGUAGCUUCUGCACCCAUGCAGGCUCAUCGGUGACCUAACUCUCUUGGUUUGUUUGCACAACAUAGCUAUGGAUGGAGAGAGACUAAUCUAAAAAUGGAAAAAUAUAACAUGGUUAAAAAGGAAUGCUAGCAGUAUGCUGUACUGCGGUGGGUUUUAAAGUUUCUCCACCACUUAAAACAGUGUUCAAUUGGUUUCACAACUAAAUAAAAAAUGCCCUUGGAUUUGUA